AUGGGUAUUCCGCAUCAAGUGCCACUUUAUGGUAGUCUAGAGCCCUACAAGGCUUGCUUGGUUGCCAAGGGUUUUCAUCAACAACCGGGUAUUGACUAUACUGAAACCUUCAGUUCGGUCGUCAAGCUCGCCACUAUCCGUACUAUCCUCAGUCUAGCCAGGUGGUCUCUUGGCCAACUUGAUGUUAAAAAUGCAUUCCUACACGGUUUUCUUAAUGAGAACGUCUACAGGACUCAGCCCCUUGGUUUUGUGGAUCUUGCCCGGCCCCACUAUGUUUGCAAGCUUCACAAAGCGCUAUAUGGUCUCAAACAAGCACCUCGAGCUUGGUUUCAUCGCAUUAGCACAUUUCUCCUCUCCUUUGGGUUCACACAAAGUCUGGCAGAUGCUUCCUUUUGUGUUUAUCAUCAUGGCACUCACCAACUAUUUCUCUUGCUAUAUGUUGAUGACAUCGUGCUUACUGGCGGCGACUCUGGGCUUCUCCACCAAUUCAUCACUACGUUGGGCCAUGCCUUUGACAUCAAAGACCUUGGGCCUCUCACUUAUUUCUUGGGCCUCCAUGUUCAUCACUCCUAUGACUGCCUUCACUUAUCUCAACAAAAAUAUGCGCAUGACCUCCUUCAACGCCAUCAAAUGCUAGACUGCAAACCCACUUCCACGCCACUUGCUGCCAAGACCACUCUCACAACUGUUGAAGGUGACUUACUAUCUUCUCCCACUGCUUACAGUGAAGUCAUGGGAUGUUUUCAAUAUUUAACCAUCACUCGCCCAGACUUGGCCUUUGCGGUCAACAUUAUUGCGCAAUUCAUUAGCGCACCUUGUUCUUCUCAUAUGAUUGAUGUUAAGAGUAUAUUACGCUACCUCAAAGGGACCAUCAAUUUUGGUUUAACUCUUUGCCCUCAGUCUCAUUCAACCCGCAUCUCUGCGUACUCUGAUGCUGAUUGGGCCGGUUGCCCAAAUUCCCGCCGCUCUACCCCAUGUUGCACAGACACUCCAAAAUGCUGGAGUGUCGGAGUGUCGGACACGCAGACACUCCGAUACGGCUCCGACACGCCCUCGACACGCCUCCGACACGGUCAACGGCUGGGACAUGGUCAAGACACGGCUCCGACACUGUCAAGACACGGUAGGGACCAGAUUUAA